AUGUCAGUGACUGCAGACCCCUACGUCAUCAUCCGUUGUGAAGGAGAGAAAGUUCGCUCUCAGGUCUAUAAAAACACAUGCGACCCUGUCUUCGACAUCAAGGGGCUCUUCUACAGGAAGAAAGCCAGCCAGCCAAUCAUCAUUGAGAUCUACAACUUUAACGUGGUGAAUGACUCCUUACUGGGUAUGGUGACGCUGCCAGCCGAGCCGGGUGCUUUCCAGCAGGUGCUCAACCUGAAGGGCAGGGGCGGUCGUCCUAACAGCAUCUCCCUCGGGACCGUCACUGUUGCUGUGGUGACGAGCACAGAGUUCACCAGCAUAUGAAACCUGAACAGACAAUCGUCGAGUGAGGUUUGAGUGAGCGGUCUGAACAUUUACCAAACUACCAGUUUACCACCAAAUAUUGUAAACAGCUUUGCCGAUGAGCGUGACUCUUCAUCUUGGGCGCCGGGUUUAAAUUUUGGGAGACGGGCUUUACUUUAUCGAAUAUGAAACCUGAUUCUUUUACUGUGUUUUAGCUUCAUAAAUAUGUGUUUACAUUAUGAUGUACUGGGCGAAUCGGGUCUGGUUUCAGUGUAGCAUCAGCAUUGUUUACACUUCUCUGGGUUACCUUUACCUUUGACUGGUGAUCAUGUUGGGUCUUUUAGCAGUUUCUUUUGUACUGUCUUGUCUCAGUUCCUUGUGUGUCGAAAGAAGCUACACAAAUAAAUUUAUUUUACCAGUAGCUGGUACAAAUCACACUGUGCCAUUAGCGCCAUUAAAUACAUCUCGUCUUCAGUGUUGCAGUGAUAGUACCGUACAGUUACACCUGCCAGUUGUUACCUUUGGCAGGGACCUUAGCAGCAUAUUGACAUCAGCUGUUCUGCUUUCGAGUGUCUGCUAUGGCUUAUGCUGUGAAAGCAAAGCAGACGAACAACAGGACUCUGUGACUGUUGAUGAUUUAGCAUGACUUUAAAAUCUGAACCAUCGCUGAUAGUGAACUGUUCUCCUAAAGGUGGGGUGAAGCUCCACUAUUUCAUUAAGUUUGUUCUUUCUGCACAGUUAAAAUGUAAAAAUUCUCCUCUCAUGCAGUUUGUUACUGGUUCUAGGUCAGCUCCAUGUCUGCACGCUGCUAGUAAUACAAGUAACCUUCUUCUCUCAGCUCCAGGGCCUUUAUGUUAACUUAACACCCACCUCCUCAAAAUGCUCUUGUUUUACUAUUAUUUGAAUAAUUUUGUUUGAUUUUUUUUUUAUUGGCUGCUUAAAUUAUUCAGGAAUAUUGUUACUGGUGUAAUUAAUUAAGUUUAUUUUGACUUUACCAGAUUUGUUAUGUUAAUAUAAAAAACG